UUGAAAAAUAUUCAGUAUUAAGUGUAACUUCGCUAAAAUGACUACUUUCAUAACUGAAAACUACCACUACCUCUUGGACACCGUUGGUGACCCUCGAGUCAAAGAUUGGUCCGGCGUAACUAGUCCCACCUUGGCCGUCAACAUAAUCGUCCUCUACCUUCUCUCCAUCUACGUCUUCCUGCCCGCUCAUAUGAAAAACCGGGAGCCUUACAACCUCAAGAUCUUCCUCUACUUCUACAACAUCUUCCAAAUCGUCUACUGUCUAGCACUCAUCUAUGGUAUAGUAUCUUCCGGUGUAUCUUUAUUCUGCCAACCCAUAGAUUACUCCACCAACAAGCAAGCCAUGCGAACUCUAACCUGCCUCUACUACACUUAUAUCCUCAAAGGUAUCGAACUGACCGAAACUGUCGUCUUCGUUCUUCGCAAAAAAUACAACCAAGUUUCGUCGCUCCACGUGUACCAUCAUGUUUCGACUUUUGCUUUAAGCUGGAUCAUGGUCAAGUUUGUGGGAGGUGGAAUGGUCGCUUUUCCGGUGGCAGUUAAUAGUGGUGUUCAUGCCCUUAUGUACUUGUACUAUUUUUUGGCAAGUUUGGGAGAAGAGUGGCAGAAGAAGCUGGAGAAUUGGAAGCGCAGAUUGACCAUCUUCCAGAUGAUCCAGUUUUGUGUGCUGAUCGUGCAUUCGCUGCAGUCGCUGCAUCCAGAGUGUCAUGUACCGAAGCAGCUUCUGGCGAUUUAUCUUCCGGAUGUGAUUGUGGUGUUCUACAUGUUUUGGGAGUUCUACCAGAAGAAUUAUAGUGAGCAGAAGAGGGACUGAGUGAUUAUGUAUUGUGAAUUUGUAAAUAUACGAGUAUGUUUAAAAAAAAAUUGGCCGAAGGUUAUUUCGACAG